ACAGGACGAGAAAACUCUGGACAUUAUUGGACAAUAUAAACCUGAGAUAUUCUGCUAAAUACAAAUAGGACCAAACAAACAAACAAAAAAAGCGCUCAGUUGUUUAUUUUGAGUUUCAACAUACACACACACACAUUGCAAAAGUGCACACAUUAACGAACAAAAAUAAUACCGUUAACACAAAAACGUGAAAUAAAAAGGAAGCACUAAUUGACAAGAAAUUAAAUACAAAAAACAAAACAAAGAAAAAACUCGAAACUUCCCACAACACGAACAAAAUAAUUAACAAAUCAAAACAAUUGUACAACAAACACAAAGAAAACGAACAAAAACAAAAGUGUAAGAAUUUUUAAGAAAAAAAAAAAAACAAAAUUGCUAAAGGAAGCUGAAGCAAUUAAGCGGCGAAAAUCUCUGCACUCAAAUGAAAGUAUCUCAUACACACACACACACGCGCAGCAGCUUAGAAGCAUAAAUUGUACAACACGCAAUUGAACAAAUCAGAUCUUAAGCCUAGAAAAGCAACAAAAACAAAUAUUAAUAUUAUAUAAUUGAAUGAAGCGUUAAUUAAGUAGCAAUUAAGCGUAAAUUUACUUGAUUAAUUUGUUUUUGUAAUUUUUGUACUUUGCAAAACUUUGUUGUUUUUGUGUCUGUGCGCCGCGUUGCUAAGCUUUCUUUUUGAAGCUACGCAUACAUACACACACAUAUAUACAGUUAAAUUAAAUUAAUUAAACUAAAUUAGCAAUUAAGUGUGCAACAUUUCGUGCUCGAGUUGGUACUAUAAUUUUCUAUAGAACAUACUCACAUACAUUUUAAGCAAAACAAAAGAAUAUUAAACUCGUAAGCUUACACACACACAGUAGUAAUAACAACAACAACAAGUUAAUAUAUCAACACCAACACAACACACGCACCUGUUAGGCACGUGAGCGCAUGCGCAACAAUACCGCAAGGCAUAAAGUGUUUCAACAGAGUCCACACUCACACAAACAAUAGAAACGCUUAAAGAAAGACGCACGCACGCGCUGUAGCGCCCCAAUUGCGUUCUACAGAUGGCGCACGUUGUCGGCGUACCCAAACGAGAUCCGUGCCAAAAAUGUCAAUUGCCUGUGUUCCUCGCCGAACGCCUAUUGGUCGGCAAGAAAGUCUAUCAUCGCACGUGUUUGAAAUGUGCGCGCUGCGGCUCACAACUGACACCAGGCAGCUUCUAUGAGACCGAGGUGGAUGGUGAAUACUGUUGUGAGACAUGCCCGGACGAGGAGGUGCAAUUGAAUGCCACUGGCGCUAGCGGUGAGGACCUAGCCGUCGGUGGUGUGCAAUUGCGGCAGACAAGUGCAGUGCAAACACCAACGAGCAGCAGUCUCAAUGCAGCGUUGCCGAAGAACGUGCGCAGCUCCAUAGCCGACCGUUUGGCAUUCUUCGAGCAAACGAAAAAGGAUGCUAGCGUCGGUGCCAGUGGUAGCAGUGAAGCAGCAACGAGCAGUAAAUUUUUGCUACAGAAAAGCGUGUCGGACGAAGAGAAAAGCAAGAGUCUGCAACGCAUGGAAGCGCCAACAACAUCGACGUACAAAAUGAACAGCGCGCUUACUAGCUUUCUCAAUGACACCAUCGAUGGUGAGGGCGAUGACGGCGAGAGUCUAACCCACACGGCGGAGAGUAAAUCGGGCAACGAGACACAAAUGGAGACUUCCGAUACCGAAAAUGAUACGGACGCCGAGACAAGUUUGGAAGACGUAGCGCCAGCAUUGCCCAAGACACAGCCGCCAAAGGUCACACCAGCGGGUAGUGAUACUGAGAAAGAGAAAGCACAGCAAACCAGCGAAGAUAAUAGAAGAUUCACAGCUACUGCACAACUACAACUGGCAACAACAAGCAAGGAUGCGCAGAAGACAGCAAGCGUUGAGUCUUCUAAACAGACAGCAACACCAAGUGGCAGCAGCACUGGCACACCCAUCGCGAAGAAGAGAACACAUGUGGAGCUGAAUUUGACUACAACAAAAACAGUGGAAGACACAACCGCAGCCCCUUCUCCAGCACACGCCGAGCAACAAGCGGAUAAUGCCAACAACAAUGACCAACACAAGAACCUUUUGAAGCGCAACGCUACAGAUAUGCCAGAACAAACAGCGCAAACAAGCCUAACAGCAACAAAUAACUUAGAUUUAAGUGAACCUAAUUCUAAUGAAGAUGUUACCAAAGACCAAAAUGCAGAUACAAACGUAAUUGCGGCAACAACAGCAGCAAAAACCACUACAUCCUCUGCUGAGAAGCUCGAAACACUGCGUGCCAACCUCCGGGAAUUGGACACGGAGAGCGGCACAGAGAAUAUGGAUACGUCCGUGGAGAAGCCUGUUGAAAUGCGCAUAAAGUCACUGGAGUCGCCGGAGGAUGUGGCAACCACCGAACGGCUCAGUGUGGUGCGUGCGCGUCUGCAACAAUUCGAAGUAAUUGCAAACAAACGUAAUAAUAACGCUAAUGAAGAGAAGCAAGCCGAUAAUGAUACGCGUAAUGAUAAUAAUACAACACUAAACACUGAAGAUAAGCUAAGUGAACCUGAAACCGAUAAUACUAAUAUUGAUAGCGAUAAGAAACUAAUGAAUGCGGGCCCAGAGGUGGCCAACAAAACGGUUGCGCCUGUUAACACGCCACCAGCCACGCCCACAAGCAACGCAAUAAGUGCAAAUGAAAGUUUGACUAAAGUAAAUCUCGAAGACGAAGCGAAAUUACGAGCAAUGGAAACGGAGAAGGCUGACAAAAUCGAAACUAAAGCAAAAGAAAUCAAGGAAUCGCUUGCGAAUGAAGUGCCCUUAGAAACGGAGACAGUAAAAGACAAUAAUUUAGUAUUAGACGCCGAGGAGUUAGAACAAAAAACACCAGCAGCAGCACCGCGUAUAGAAAUAAGCGAAGUAGAGACCAGUGAAGAUGCCACAAUGGAGGAUACACAAGCAAAACUGGAUAUGUCAAGCACUGUUGACGUCCCCAAAGCAGUGGAGGACGCGUCCAGUAAAGUCAACGACACUACAACAACAAUAGAAAAGCAAUUGGCAACUACACCCAGCAAAGUUAGCACCGAAGCAUAUCCCGAAGACUUGAAUCCAUUCAAAUCCGAAGACGAAGACGACGACGACAACCGCGUUGCGAACAAGGAAAAUCUACAAAAAGAACAAGUAACAUUGAGAACACCGCAACCACGUGGCGGUGCCAGCGCAGUCACCAAAUCAGCGGAGAAAGCGCAAAAUCUCAAUCCUUUUGAUAGCUCCGAUGACGAGAUCGAACUGGAGAAGUCAUCAUCGCGCAACUCCACGGCCGCCUCGACACCCACAGGCGGCAAAGUACCGCCACCACGUCCACCACCACCGCGCAUAUCGCGCAAUCCCUUCGGCGAAGAGGCUGAUGAGGAGGCCGCGGCGCAAUUUUCACGUCGUUCCAGCUUGUCGUCAUCGCUGACGAAGAAGACGCCAGUACCCACGCCGCGCACCAAUAUGUGA